GAAAACUUAAAGACAAAAAUGAGAAGUACUGUGUCGGUACGAGAAGGACAAGGGGUUGUUCUUCUGUGUGGGCCACCAACUCAUUCUGGAGAACUUUCAUAUGCUUGGAUAUUUAAUGAAUACCCAUCAUUUGUACAAGAAGACAGCCGGCGAUUUGUGUCUCAGGAAACUGGGCAUCUCUACAUAGCCAAAGUGGAGCCUUCUGAUGUAGGAAAUUACACAUGUGUUGUGACUAGUACCAUAACAAAUGCCAAUGUUCGUGGUUCACCAACACCAUUAGUGCUGCGUACUGAUGGUGUAAUGGGAGAAUAUGAACCCAAAAUAGAAGUUCAGUUUCCUGAAACCCUUCCUGCUGCUAAAGGUUCAACUGUAAAACUGGAAUGCUUUGCCCUAGGAAAUCCUGUGCCUCAGAUUAACUGGAGAAGAACGGAUGGAAUGCCUUUUCCAAGCAAAGUAAAACUGAGGAAAUCCAAUGGCAUGAUUGAAAUUCCCAAUUUCCAACAAGAAGAUGCUGGUCUCUAUGAAUGCAUUACUGAAAAUUCUAGGGGGAAAAAUGUUGCAAGAGGACGCCUUACAUAUUAUGCAAAGCCUCACUGGGUUCAGUUGAUAAAAGAUUUUGAAGCUGCAGUGGAGGACAACUUAUACUGGGAGUGCAGGGCCAGUGGCAAGCCCAAACCAUCCUACAGAUGGCUGAAAAAUGGAGAGCCUUUAGCAUUAGAGGGAAGGAUACAAAUUGAAAACGGGGCAUUGAUAAUAACAAACCUAAACUUGACAGAUUCCGGCAUAUACCAGUGCAUAGCAGAAAACAAACAUGGCACAAUAUAUUCCAGUGCUGAACUUCAAGUUGUAGCUUCUGCUCCUGACUUCUCUAAAAAUCCAAUGAAGAAACUGAUUCAACUGCAAAUCGGUAGUUCAGCUCAUUUUGAGUGCAAGCCAAAGGCUUCCCCUAAAGCAUCCAUCACUUGGAAAAAGGGAGGUGAGCUGCUCCAAGAAAAUGAAAGAACAGCGCUGUUAAAAGAUGGAAGCCUACGAAUAGCUAAUGUGAGUAAAUCUGAUGUUGGAAGUUAUACUUGCCUGGCGGAGAACCAGUUUGGAAAAGCUAGUAGCUCAACAACUUUAUUAGUUACAGAGCCAACCUAUAUAAUACAGGCCCCUUCAAACAUGGAUGUUACUGUAGGAGAAAGUGUAAUCCUACCUUGCCAAGUUCAGCAUGACCCAUUGCUGGACAUUAGCUUCACAUGGUAUUUUAACAAUGAAUUGACCGACUUCAGAAAAGAUGCUUCUCAUUUUGAGAGAGUAGGUGGGAGCGCAUCAGGAGACUUAAUGAUUAGAAAUAUCCAGCUGAAGCACAGUGGAAAAUAUAUGUGCAUGGUAAAGACAGAAGUGGAUAGUGUGUCAUCUGCGGCAGACCUGAUAGUGCGAGGCUCGCCGGGACCACCUGAACGUGUAAAAGUGGAUGAAAUAACUGAUACUACAGCUCGACUUUCUUGGUACGAGGGUUUGGACAAUCACAGCCCAAUCACUGGCUACACUAUACAAGCCAGGACUCCUUUUUCAGUGGGUUGGCAAAGAGUCACAACAGUUCCUGAUGCCAUUGAUGGAAAAACUUUCACAGCCACUGCAGUAGACUUAAAUCCUUGGGUUGAAUAUGAAUUCCGUGUAGUAGCCAGUAACAAAAUUGGUGGUGGAGAACCAAGUUUACCCUCUGAAAAAGUAAGAACUGAAGAGGCAGUUCCUGAUACACCACCAUCUGAAGUAAGUGGAGGAGGCGGAAGCAGAUCUGAGUUAGUCAUCACAUGGGAUCCUGUUCCUGAAGAAUUGCAAAAUGGCGAAGGAUUUGGUUAUGUUGUUGCUUUCCGGCCACUUGGCUUUACAACAUGGAUACAGACUGUUGUUACGUCACCUGACACACCAAGAUAUGUCUUUAGAAAUGAAAGCAUCUUGCCAUUUUCACCAUAUGAAGUCAAGGUUGGCGUAUACAAUAAUAAAGGAGAAGGACCAUUUAGCCCAGUGGUCAGAGUGUUCUCUGCUGAAGAGGAACCAACUGUAGCACCUUCCGGUGUGUCUGCAAACAGCCUCUCAUCUUCUGUGAUUGAAGUCUCCUGGGAUCCCAUUUCUUUGAAAAUGAAUAAUGGGAGAUUUCUGGGCUAUGAGAUAAGAUAUUGGAAUAAUGGUGGAAAAGAACAGUCUUCCAACAGAGUGAAAGCUACAGGAAGUGAGACAUCGGCAAGAAUAACAGGCUUGAAGAGCAACUUGUUAUACUAUACAGCUGUUCGAGCAUACAACAGUGCAGGAGCAGGCCCUUUUAGUGCUACUGUCAAUGCCACCACAAAAAAGACACCACCCAGCCAGCCUCCAGGAAACAUUGUGUGGAAUGUUACAGACUCCAGAGUGGUUCUGAAUUGGGAGCAGGUGCACGCAAUGGAAAAUGAGUCAGAAGUAAUUGGCUAUAAGGUUUUAUAUAAGACUGGCAGUCAAAAUCAGCUGAAUUCCCUAAUCACCAACCUAACAUCCGCAGAACUUCUGCUCCCUUUAAAUGAUGACUACAUUAUAGAAGUGAAAGCUGUGACUGAUGGUGGGGAUGGUAUUAGUAGUGAGCAGAUCAAAAUACCUAAACUAGCAAGUAUGGAUGCAAGAGGUUCUGGUGCAGCAGUCUUCAGUAUCAACGGUCUCUCUUACUUUAUGACAACAAUACCUUUCUUAAUUUUCAAAGCGGCACUGUGCUGA